GUGUGCAGAGCAGGACUGGAGCCCGGCUGUGGAAACGCAUUCAGGAAGGCUCUGCAGGGAGAGGAUUUUUCUAAUGUAUUUUUCCAGCGGGAAUAUCGGGAAGUGGUGACGUGUUCUUGACUCCUGACCGAACCGGAGGAUCGAACCGUCGGUUUGAUUUUAUUUCCGGUGGAUUUGUCUUCGUGGAAUGUCCUCGCGCUCCAGCCUCUUGAUUUGAGUGGAAUGUGCUGAUAUUUGACUGAUUGAUCCGUUCAGGUCUGAACCAUGAAAAUCCUCUGAGAUGAAACACGGCACUUUUGGGGAUCACUCUCCGCUCGUGCGCGGCUCCCGCCUGAUCCCGAGCCUCGGCAGCCUGUUGUGUGUGUCCGCGGAGAAAAGCACAACUUUGCCGAGAGCUGCAGCUGGACCGGGAUCUGGAGCCAAAACCGGAGCAGGAGCUGGUCUGAGCGGCGCUCCGGGGCCACACGUGGGGCUCACGGAGGGGGACGGCCCCGGGGUUCGGCCGCUCUGCGUUUUGACGCUGAAUUCGGCGCAGCAGUGGAGUGGAGAUGAUGAAGAAGGCGACGAUGAUGAUGACGAGCGGCUCCUCAGCUAGGGCAGGCGCGGGGUUCUCCUUGUUGUUCGCUCUGGGAGUUUGUGCCCUCGUCUUUCUCCCACCCUGCGCCCACUCUCACCCGCAGCCGUGCCAGGUGCUCAAACGGAUCGGCCACAUGGUCAGGAUCGGGGCUUUGCACGUCAAGCCCCGUUUGAUCCACUCCAGCAGCGGCUCCGAGGACCCGGGGAGUCAGGGAGGGGUGACGGGCAGCGGGGAGCGGCGGCUCAAGGUGGGUAAGCGCGGUAAAAGCGGCAGCGGCGCGUCUGGACACGGACACCUGAGGACUAGAGGCUCCAACAGGAAUAAGAACCAGGCACGGCAGAGGGAGGAGAACUCCUACAGGGAGAACCGGGUCUUUUCGCCCCGGGACUCGGUUCUGCUGGCUGCAGACGCACUGAACCGGGCCGGGAUUCUGCCCUACAACCUGUCUCUGGAGCUGGUCAUGGCUGUGGGCGCGGGGCUCGGAGAGCUGCCCGCGUUCUCCUUCUCCUCCGCGGGCAGCCCGGACAACGAGGACCCGCUGUCCUUCCUGGAGAGCGUGUGUCACACGGUGGUCGUGCAGGGGGUUUCUGCCAUCGUGGCGUUUCCGCGGAACCGGGACGACCUGGUGAAGUUGGACUUCGUGUCGGUGGCGCUUCGUGUUCCAGUCGUCAGUGUGGUGCAGAAGGAGUUUACGCGUCAAAGCCAGAAUCCCCUCCACUUUCAGAUGGCCAUGAGGACCGUGGAGGCCCCGCCCUCGCGCCUCCUCUACUCCCUCCUGAUGAUGAACGGCUGGUGGGACAUCAGCGUCCUCCUCUGUCACGACUGGGACAUCAGCCACUUCCUGCUCCUCGUCAGAAACAACUCCAGAUUUCACCUGGGCGCUUUGGUCAACCUCACGACUGCAGCUUUAUCUGCGUCUCUGUCGCCACAGGGUGGCGCCGAGGAGUUGUCUUUACUGCCCAGUUUUCCGCCCGCGGCCUUUUCUCCUGCGUCUCCUUCGUCCACUCCUUCCUCCAGAUCGGAUCAACACCUGGCUCUGAUGAGGGAGUUGGAGGCGCUGAGAGAACAUUCCACCACCAGGGGGCUGCUGAUGUUUGGGUGCGAUAUCCGGGAAGUACGCCGCCUCUGGACGAUCGCCAGUCGGAUGUCGCUCCCAGAAUUCCACUGGAUCUUAGGGGACAGCCAGAACGUGGCUGAACUGAGAACGGAGGGUUUGCCCCUGGGGCUUCUGGCCCACGGGGUCAUGAGUUCACCGUCUGUGGAUAACUACGUCCAUGACUCACUGGAGCUGGUGGCCCGGGCGGUGGGGAGCGCCGCCCUGGAGGAUCCUGCCUUAGCGCUCAUUCCGGGGACGAAUAAUUGUAUGGAUGUACAGGAAAACAACGGAACCUCUGGAGAAUAUCUGUCCAGGUUUCUGUCCAACUCGUCCUUCGAGGGCCACAGCGGCUUCGUGUCCCUCGGGGCCCGGAGCCAGAACAUCGUCUCAGAGGCCCAUCAUUACAUCUGGUCCCUACAGCUGGACCCCCUGGGACAGCCGACCUGGACUCGCCUGGGACGCUGGCGCAGGGGGAAAAUCCUGAUGGACCAGGGGGCGUGGCCAAAUUAUUCUGGUUCUGGGAGCGGAGGCGACUGGCGCCGGUCCACAAGACUGCACUUACGGGUGGUCACGCUGGUGGAGCACCCGUUUGUGUUCACCCGAGAGGUGGACGGAGACGGACUGUGUCCCGCUGGUCAGCUCUGUCUCGACCCCCUCACUAAUGAAACCACAGUUUUGGACGGACUUUUUCAAAACCUUGCUGGACCUAAUGGUUCUGUUCCCACAGAGCUGAAGAAGUGCUGCUACGGAUACUGCAUCGACCUCCUGGAGAAGCUGGCCGAGGACAUGGGCUUCACCUUUGACCUCUACAUCGUUGGUGACGGAAAGUACGGGGGGUUUAAGAACGGUCGCUGGACAGGAUUGGUGGGCGACCUGUUGAGCGGAGCGGCCAACUUAGCAGUGACUUCUUUCAGUAUCAAUUCGGCCCGAAGUCAAGUGAUCGACUUCACCUCCCCGUUCUUCUCCACCAGCCUGGGGAUCCUGGUUCGGACUCGCGACACCGCUGCGCCCAUCGGCGCCUUCAUGUGGCCUCUCCACUGGUCCAUGUGGCUGGGCAUCUUCGUCUCCCUUCACGUCACCGCCAUCUUUCUCACCCUGUACGAAUGGCACAGCCCAUUUGGAAUGACUCCCAGAGGACGCAAUCGGGACAAAGUCUUCUCCUUCUCCUCGGCCCUCAACGUCUGCUACGCUAUUCUUUUUGGGAGAACGGUGGCCAUCAAGACUCCGAAGUGCUGGACGGGUCGUCUGCUGAUGAACCUGUGGGCGAUCUUCUGUCUCUUCUGUUUGUCCACCUACACCGCUAACCUAGCUGCCGUCAUGGUCGGGGAGAAGACCUACGAACAGCUAUCAGGGAUCCACGACCCAAAGUUACAUCAUCCCUCUCAGGGAUUCCGUUUUGCCACCGUGAGAGAAAGCAGCUCCGAGGACUACGUCAAGAACAGUUUCCCCGAGAUGCACGAGUACAUGAGGAGAUACAACGUCCCAGCAACGCCGGACGGAAUACAUCACCUGAAGGCUGACCCUCAGAGACUGGACGCCUUCAUCAUGGACAAGGCUCUGCUGGACUACGAAGUCUCCAUCGACGCAGACUGUAAAACCCUGACUGUCGGGAAACCCUUCGCAAUCGAAGGCUACGGCAUCGGCCUCCCCCAAAACUCGGCGCUCACCUCCAACAUCUCGGAGCUGGUGAGUCAGUACAAGUCGGACGGCUUCAUGGACAUGCUGCACGACAAAUGGUACAAGGUGGUGCCCUGUGGGAAACGCAGCUUCGCCGUGACGGAGACUCUCCAGAUGGGGAUCAAACAUUUCUCCGGUCUGUUUGUGAUGCUGUGUGUGGGCGUGGCCUUGUCUCUGCUGACCACCAUGGCGGAACACAUCGUGUACAAGCUGGUCAUCCCCCGCGUGAAGGAGCCGCGCUUCAAAUACUGGCUCCACACCAGUCAGAGAUUACACCGAGCCCUGAACUCUGUCUUCACCGACGACAAACUACCAACUGUUACCAAACCUGAGAAAAGGUGUAAUGAGGGAAACAACCAAUCAGCAUCAUGGAAUUCUUCAGACUCCGCCCACUGCAACAGACGCAGAGUCCUGGCACAGGAGACGCAGAACGAUCUGGAGCGUCCGACCCCAGACUCCGCUCAGCCACCGUCCUGCUCUGGGAACAAACCUCACUCUCUCCCACUGUUGGAGAAACAGCUCCCCCCGGUGACCGCGUCCAACGGCCGCUCUGACCUGUUGGGCCGAGUGCUGGGCCAAGGCUCGGGACCAGGACCGGGUCUGACGCCCUCGGGCCCCGGGCCCGGUGUCGGUCAGGACCCCAUGGUCCAGGAGCUGCUGGAACUGGAGGGUCAGAUCCUCGUCAUCAAGCAGCAGCUUCAGACGGCGCUGAAGAGGAAGAGGGAACUCCAGCAGCACCAAUCAGAGAACAGGCAGGCCAACCAGACUGCAGCCAAUCAGAGCACGGGUCUCCAGGCCAGCCAGUUCUCCCAGUUCUCCCAGUUCUCCCAGUGUCGCCCACAGACUAACCAACACACAAACACGGUACCAGAGUUCUGAGGUUUGUCUGUGUUGUUCUGGACACGUGUGACCCGCGUGGGCCUGGUCCUCCACAGACUGGACCAGGGACCAGAGACAAGUCCCAGUCUGGACCGGAGACUGAGACGUCGUCACGGCGACCGGCUCGUUCUCCGUCGUUUGUUUCUUGACUUUUGGAAUAUUUGAUUUGAAUAAAUAAAAAAGGCACUGAUUUUUGAACCAACUGUCGCUGCUGAUGUUACAGAACAGAUGUAACCCCCCCCUCACCCCCCCCGCUCUCUCUCCUCUCACUGCUCCCCUUCCAUUUCAGUCCUCAGUUCUUUGUCUCCCCCCUGACU